UACUAUAUAUACCAAGUGGAUACAAAACAGGAAGUGGAUUGUACAUGAAAUUAUAUUGGUGACGUCACGAGCAGUAUGCCUAUGCUCUUUUCGCUCUAGCGUAGCCUCUAGUGGCCUUGUUUCUCGAAGUUUUGGGUUCUUGGUCAAGUUACUACUUUCCUGAGUUGAAGUAAGUAUUAUGAAGUCUCUAUUAGCUCGAAUGAUCUGCUGAAUCCUUGUUUGCUUGAUCACUGGAUCUCGUUGUACUGUAAAACAUGGCGGCCUAUAGUUCUGACUUUAAAUACCUUUUCUCCAAUCUGGGGCAGAGUUAUUUAUUUAUGGUCUGUUUUGUAAACGCCUUUUCUGGAAAACUAUGCUAUUUGAAGAGGGUAUGAAUAUGAAACCAAUGAAGAUAAAUUGUCUGUUGUUUCUUGUACGGACUCUUUUCAGAAGAAAUAUAGAUUUUUAUGAAGUUUUUUAUAAUUAUUGAUUUUGCCACCAUUUUGGUUGCUAAGCGUAUCUAGGAAAACGUCACAUCCGGAGAAAAGAGCACAGGCGUAUCCUGUUUCAUAUCCACUUGGUGUGUAUAGUAUCUAUGAUGUCCUGGCCGGCCGCGCCGGGUCCUCGUGCGCGCGGGGCGGUGCUGUGGGCACAUGAUCACAUUUCACAUUUGUCUGAGUUGCAAAUUUUGAUCUUAAAGUACUAGAAUACCAAUACCUCCAUAUUUACAUGAAGAGAAGUGUGCUUGUUAGGUGUAUUAUAUUGGUUCUGUUGGUCUUCUUAUUUCGAUCCGCUUGGCGAUGGGUAGAUGGGCUAAAAGAGGACAUAUUAUUUUCACCUAGCAAGUUUAUUAAUUUGACUCCUGCUAAUAAUAUAUCUCUGCAACAUCCUAAUACUAGGAAUGGACUGUGGAUAAAAAUAUCACAAUCAUUUAUAGUAAGAAGAAUAGGUUAUCUUGACAAAAGAGAUCUGAAUAACAUUACCAUAACGUUGUUAUCAAUGCAUGAUAAAAGGAAGCGCCUUCCUCGAACCAUGAUAUUCCUCAAAAUAUAUGAUCAAGAUAAUCGAGUUGUCGCUUGCUCGUCAACUUCGUUUGAACUUGGUGCAUUAAAAGGCAGUGACAUCUAUAUACUUUAUUUGAUACGUAGUUCAAGGUUGAUGGAUUACCAGACAAAGUCUAUAUCGCAUGUGACAAUAUCUACCGACAAUCAAUGUGUCUUGGAGUUUGAUACCAUACUCAUUAGGACUGUUGGAGAUAAACCUCCAAAAUAUGAUUUCGGGGUGUGUCUUCAUAAAGCUAUCGAAAAUCUUUCCCCUAAAGUUAUUCAUGAUUGGGUGAAGUUAAACAUAGCAUUAGGGGCAGAAGUGAUAAUGCUGUACCUUCAGACAAAAGCACCACAAGAGAUUUAUAAUGUUUUACUGCCUUUCAUCAACAAAGGAGUAGUGGAAGUAUUGGACUGGCAACUGGAGCCACCACUUACUAGCGUCAGUUCAUCAAGUUAUGGGCAGACUGGAGUAAUAUCUGAAUGUAUAUGGUACAACAUGCACAGAGUGAAAUACCUUGGACUAAAUGAUGCAGAUGAGUUCUUUGUUCCUUUGAAACACAACAAUGUACAGGAUAUGCUGAGAGAUUUGGAGAAUAUACAAGAAGCAAGGAGGGCUGGUUCAUAUAUAUUCACUAAUGCUCUUAUCAAAGGUCACAAGGUUCUGCCUAUUCUUAACAGAACAUUAAAUUCAAAAAGAUGUGACAGCCUGAGUGUUGACACACUUCCAUUUUACUUCAAGAGGUCUGAGUACUGUCUUGAAAAGGGAGGCCAGUCAGUAAAAAUGAUAGUCAAACCUGAUGCAGUAUUCACUGCAUGGGGACAUGAGCUCAUAACUUAUCGUUCAGACAAGUAUACCAAAAACUACAUAAUUCCUGAUACACUGGGUCUCUCAUAUCAUUACAGAUUUCAUUGGAAUAAUUAUCAUGAUUGUGGCACUACAAUAAAAGAGACCAGGAUUAUUGAAAAAUUCUUUACUAACAUAACACAAUGCAGUGUGGUGUAAUAAAAACUAGUUAUGGUUUUUUCUAAAAAAAAGACAAUUUCAAGAAUUUUUCAUAAAAAUUAAAAA